CUAGUCGGACGCAUCCAGUCUGGAGUUGAACAUUGAAGAAAACGGCAGCAAAGUGCCAACUGCUCCUCAAAAAAACGUGAACCCCGAAGGGACUGUGUGUGUGAGACCAGUUAGGAAUCCAAUCAGACACGGACACAGAUACAGAUACAGAUACACCACCAUAGUCGCUGCGACAAAUACACGGACACUGACGCACACACGGACAUACACUCGUGCACAUAAUAUAACACACCCUCGCACACCCUUGCACUCGUGUAUAUAUUGCUUACAUAAAGUCCAAGGAAAAAUCGAUAGGAGUGCAUUUAAAAUUCAAAGGAGUCCAGUGAAAACUCCGCGUGAGCUUUGCAAGUCUUUUUUUGUUUUUUUCUUGCACCGUGAAAAAAAAUUAUGACUAAUCAGUGACGACAUACUACGCGAGAGCCGCUUACACAAUUUCUCUACACCUCCGAAAAUCGUAGACGUGGAAAGGUUUUCUCAUAAGCGGACACAUUUUCCCAACUGGCAAAGAUGGUCACUGAAAAUGGAGCUCAGGGCGAUGGCAACACAUCCUUCCUGCGUGCUGCUCGCGCCGGAAAUCUGGAGCGUGUCCUCGAGCAUUUGAAGAACAACAUUGACAUCAACACCAGCAAUGCGAACGGCUUGAAUGCCUUGCACUUGGCCUCCAAGGAUGGCCACAUACAUGUCGUCUCGGAGCUGCUGCGGCGCGGAGCGAUCGUGGACAGUGCCACCAAGAAGGGCAACACGGCGCUGCACAUCGCCUCGCUGGCAGGACAGGAGGAGGUGGUGAAGCUGCUGCUGGAGCACAGUGCCUCCGUCAAUGUGCAGUCGCAGAAUGGAUUCACGCCCCUCUACAUGGCGGCUCAGGAGAACCACGAUGCUGUGGUGCGCCUGCUGCUGUCCAACGGUGCCAACCAGAGCCUGGCCACCGAAGAUGGCUUCACGCCGCUGGCCGUGGCCAUGCAGCAGGGCCACGAUAAGGUCGUUGCCGUGCUCCUCGAGAGUGAUACCCGGGGAAAGGUGCGUCUGCCAGCUCUGCACAUUGCAGCCAAGAAGGACGACGUGAAGGCGGCCUCCCUUCUCCUAGAUAAUGACCACAAUCCGGAUGUGACUUCCAAGUCGGGAUUCACCCCGCUGCACAUUGCCUCGCACUACGGCAACCAGAACAUAGCCAACCUGCUGAUCCAGAAGGGCGCCGACGUCAACUACUCGGCCAAGCACAACAUCAGUCCGCUGCACGUGGCUGCCAAGUGGGGCAAGACCAACAUGGUCUCGCUCCUGCUGGAGAAGGGCGGCAACAUCGAGGCGAAGACCCGCGACGGCCUCACUCCGCUCCACUGUGCCGCCCGCUCGGGCCACGAGCAGGUGGUGGACAUGCUGCUGGAGCGCGGAGCGCCCAUUAGCGCCAAGACCAAGAACGGCUUGGCUCCCCUCCACAUGGCGGCCCAGGGCGAGCAUGUGGAUGCCGCCCGCAUUCUGCUCUACCAUCGCGCGCCCGUCGACGAGGUCACCGUUGACUAUCUGACCGCUCUGCAUGUGGCGGCCCACUGUGGCCAUGUGCGCGUGGCCAAGCUCCUGCUGGACCGAAAUGCCGACGCCAAUGCCCGUGCCCUCAACGGGUUCACGCCACUGCACAUUGCCUGCAAGAAGAACCGAUUGAAGGUAGUGGAGCUGCUGCUCCGCCACGGUGCCAGCAUUAGCGCCACCACGGAGAGCGGCCUGACCCCGUUGCACGUGGCCGCCUUCAUGGGAUGCAUGAACAUUGUCAUCUAUUUGCUGCAGCACGACGCCAGUCCGGAUGUGCCCACUGUGCGUGGCGAGACGCCAUUGCAUCUGGCAGCGCGUGCAAAUCAGACCGACAUCAUUCGCAUUCUCCUGCGCAAUGGCGCCCAGGUGGAUGCACGUGCUCGGGAGCAGCAGACUCCGCUGCACAUUGCCAGUCGACUGGGCAACGUGGACAUCGUAAUGCUGCUGCUGCAGCACGGCGCUCAGGUGGAUGCCACCACCAAGGACAUGUACACGGCGCUCCACAUCGCCGCCAAGGAGGGCCAGGACGAGGUGGCAGCCGUGCUGAUCGAGAACGGGGCUGCAUUGAAUGCCACCACAAAGAAGGGCUUCACGCCGCUGCACCUGACGGCCAAAUAUGGGCACAUCAAGAUGGCGCAGCUUCUGCUACAGAAGGAGGCUGAUGUGGACGCCCAGGGAAAGAAUGGAGUGACUCCGCUCCAUGUGGCCUGCCACUACAACAACCAGCAGGUGGCGCUGCUGCUGCUCGAGAAGGGAGCCAGCCCCCAUGCCACCGCCAAGAACGGACACACGCCGCUGCACAUUGCGGCGCGCAAGAACCAGAUGGACAUUGCCACUACUCUGCUGGAGUACGGCGCCCAGGCCAAUGCCGAGAGCAAGGCCGGGUUCACCCCGCUGCACCUGAGCAGCCAGGAGGGCCAUGCCGAGAUCUCCAACCUCUUGAUCGAGCACAAGGGAGCCUUGAAUCACCCGGCCAAGAAUGGCCUUACCCCCAUGCAUCUGUGCGCCCAGGAAGACAACGUGAAUGUGGCCGAGAUUCUGCAGCGCAACGGCGCCAGCAUCGACAUGCCCACUAAGGCUGGGUUCACUCCCCUGCACGUCGCCUCCCACUUCGGCCAGGCCAACAUGGUGCGCUUCCUGCUGCAGAAUGGCGCCAACGUGGACGCGGCCACCUUGAUUGGCUACACCCCUCUUCAUCAGACCGCCCAGCAGGGCCAUUGCCAUAUUGUCAACCUACUGCUGGAGCACAAGGCCAAUCCAAAUGCCCAGACUGUCAACGGACAGACGGCGCUGAACAUUGCCCGAAAGCUGGGCUACAUCAGUGUCCUGGACUCGCUCAAGUCCAUCACCACAGAGGAUGAGGCAAGUGCCGCUCCAGCCCAGACCGAGGAGAAGUACCGUGUUGUUGCUCCGGAGGCCAUGCACGAGUCGUUUAUGUCCGACUCCGAGGAAGAAGGCGGUCACACAAAUUGGGAAUUGGACGCGUGCUACGAGUACGGCAUUGGCAUUGACCACAGCCAGAGUCAUCGCCCCCGGCCAGACACUCACGUCUACAUGCCGUAUUACCAGGGCGACACACUCUAUGUCACCAGCGAAGAUAAUAUGCUAUCAGAUCAACCAUACCGUUAUCUGACUGUUGAUGAAAUGAAAUCCCUAGGCGACGACUCGCUGCCCAUUGAUGUGACCCGCGAUGAGCGCAUGGACUCCAACCGCAUGACCCAGAGCGCUGAGUAUGCCGGCGGUGUGCCGCCCACAAUUGGGGAGGAGGUGAUCAGUCCCCACAAGGCGCAGGUGUACGGCAACUCGCCCAAGGCCACCGUGGAUGGUGUCUACAUAGCCAACGGACAUGGACACGAUGAGCCACCGCACGUUGGCCGUAAACUGAGCUGGAAGAGCUUCCUGGUCUCCUUCCUGGUAGAUGCACGAGGUGGAGCCAUGCGCGGCUGUCGCCACAGCGGCGUUCGCAUGAUCAUUCCAUCGCGCUCCACCUGCCAGCCGACGCGGGUCACCUGUCGCUAUGUAAAGCCACAGCGGACCAUGCAUCCGCCGCAGUUGAUGGAGGGCGAGGCCCUGGCCAGUCGCGUGCUGGAGCUAGGUCCCUGCUCCACCAAGUUCAUUGGGCCCGUGGUCAUGGAGGUGCCGCAUUUCGCCUCGCUACGUGGCAAGGAGCGCGAGAUCAUCAUUCUGCGCUCGGACAAUGGCGAGACCUGGCGCGAGCACUCCAUCGACAACUCCGAGGAGAUCAUCCAUGAUGUCUUGCAACAGUGCUUCGAGCCAGAGGAAAUCGCCCAGCUGGAGGAGCAGGCUGGCAAUCAUGUGUGCCGAUUUGUCACCUACGACUUUCCCCAGUACUUUGCCGUCGUUUCGCGCAUUCGCCAGGAAGUGCAUGCCAUCGGGCCCGAGGGCGGCAUGGUCUCCAGCACAGUGGUGCCGCAGGUGCAGGCCGUCUUCCCACAGGGAGCCCUCACCAAGAAGAUCAAAGUUGGCUUACAGGCCCAGCCGGUCGAUCCCGAUCUAACCGCCAAGCUGCUGGGUCGUGGAGUGGCCGUAUCGCCGAUAGUGACGGUCGAGCCACGCCGCCGUAAGUUCCACAAGGCCAUCACUCUCAGUAUGCCGGCCCCGAAGGCCCACAGCCAGGGGAUGAUCAAUCAGUAUUCGGGCAACACGCCAACCCUGCGGCUGCUAUGCUCCAUCACAGGUGUGUUUCGGAAAAGGUCUCUAAAAGGCGGACCGUCCCGUGCCCAAUGGGAGGAUGUCACUGGCUCCACGCCCCUGACCUUUGUCAACGACUGUGUCUCCUUCACGACUACCGUUUCGGCUCGCUUCUGGCUAAUGGACUGCCGCAAUAUCUCCGAUGCCACCAAGAUGGCCACAGAGCUUUACAAGGAAGUCAUUCAUGUGCCCUUCAUAGCCAAGUUUGUGGUGUUCGCCAAGAAGAUUGAACCCUUCGAGGCCCGCCUGCGCGUCUUCUGCAUGACCGAUGACCGCGAGGACAAGACUUUGGAGAAGCACGAGCUCUACACGGAAGUGGCCAAGAGUCGCGACGUGGAAGUGCUGGAAGGCAAACCGCAGUACAUUGAGAUGGCCGGUAACCUGGUGCCCGUCACCAAGUCUGGCGACCAGCUGCAGCUUCAAUUCAAGGCCUUCCGCGAGAACCGUCUGCCCUUCACGGUACGUGUGAAGGAUCAGCAUGCGGACAUCGUAGGCCGAACCCUCUUCAUGAAGGAGCCCAAGGUUGCCAAGGGCGAGCCUCCACAGCAGCCCAUCUGCAUACUGAACAUCGUGCUGCCGGAGGCAGUGAUACCUGAUUCGACCACAGCCUUCUCAGACCGCGUCACCUCGGCCUACAGAACCUCCAUGUUCAGCCUGAGCAAACACCAGAACGACCAUUACAUCGGCGACAUUCGCAUUGUAGAUCUGUCCAAUCUGUUGGGCAAGGACUGGAUACAGCUGGCGCCAGAGAUCGGAAUCAACGCGGAGGAGAUCGACGAGAUCAUCAACCAAAACACCGACAGCAUAGCCAGGCAGGCUCAGAGCAUGAUCCGCCUGUACAAGGACAAGCCAAACUACGACAUCCUGUCCCUGGAGACGGCGCUCAAGAACAUCGGCCGAGAUGACAUCAUGAAAAAGUGCAAGAGUGGAAGACUCUCGCAUUCGCGCGAGUUCGACGAGACGGACAUCAUGAAGAACUCGGAAUCCGUGGAAGAGCUGGUUCGCAGAGAAAGCAAGCGAAUCCAGCAGAUCAACGAACGCGAGGAAGUCAAAUACUCUGCCGAGGAGAAGGAGGUCGAGGAGUCUGAGUCCGACGAGGAGCAGGUCAAGCGGACUGUUGCCGAGAGGCGCGAGAAGAUCGUCAAGCGCCUGUCCAUGGAGCGUUCCAUACCAGCCUCCACGCAAAAGAAGGAGAUCACACGCGAAAUAACCGAAAUCAAGCGAAAGAGUCUCAUCGAGGAUAAGAAGGCCCAUCACGAGUCCGAGAUCCUGAUGCAACUGCCCGCCGACAAUGUGAUCAUCAAGACAGCGGCUGUCCCCGAACAAGUCAUCAAGAUGAAGAUGGGCAAGAUGGACUCGACAGAGGUGAGCAAGAGCGAGUUCGACAAGGAGCUGACGCACAAGUUCAAGUCAUCCGGCCGCAGCUCUGAGGAGGAGGAACAGCCAUCACCCGACACCGUAGACAAGAUUGUUCAGGACAUCAGUUCUGCCGAAAAAACGGAGAAGGAUGCAGUCACCUUCAGUCGAGCCACGACCAUCACCCGCCAGGAGGCCCGGGAUAUCACCGAGGAUUUCCUGGAGAUUGAGAAACGCAGCCAACUCCCAGCGACAACUUCCACAACAGCCACAGUGCACGAGAAGUUUGUCGAGGAGGUGAAGGAGAAGAAGACUAGCCCCAUGGCCUCAGUGACGCCCGAAACUGUGAAGGAGGUCGAGCAAGUCAUUAGUGAAGUUACUGAGAUUGCCAGCAAGAAGGUGGAGAACAUUAUUAGCUCCUUUGAGAGCGUCAAAACGGAGGACAAUGCCGUAAUCCUGCCCAACCAGCCGGCGCCCGAGACAACGAAGGUCAGCGAGACCAUUAAACAUCUGCAGGACGCCAAGACAGUGGCCCAGGAGCAGGUCAAGACCGUGCAGGUCAUCGAGAGCACAACUAUCGAAGAGACAAUCGCCGAAUUCGAGGCGAAAAAGGUGAAGUACGACUUCCAUGGCGGUGAGCCAAAAACCCAAAUCCCCAAACUGGUGAGAAAGCCCAGCGAGGAGUCCAUGAAGCCCACUGCGGCCCCACGUGCUGUGGCAGAAGUAGAGGGCGACCUGACUGCCGAGAGCAAGCCCGAGAAGCCCCUCUCCAAAAUCCCAGUCAAAACUUCCGCUGCCGAUGCCCAAAAGAUUGGUGAGGUGGUGGACACACGAAAGGUGACCCACGACUUUCUGCAGGGCGAGAAGUUGGCCGCCGAGCCCAAGGCAGCGCCAGCAGCCAGCAAGAUUCCCAAGGUGGAGCCAAGAAAAUCAGUGGAUAAGCUGGAGUCGAGAGUCUUGGACGAUGUGGUGGCCUCUACCGCCAGCAUUAUGACAGCAGCAGGCCUGGGGGCAGAGGUGCCCAAAGACAAGUCCGCUGGACAGCCAGAAAUUGCCUCCAAGGCAGAAACCCUCACCGAAAAGGUUUCUGAAUUGAUUGACACAUUCCACAAGGUCGAGGAGAAGAUUGUGAAGUCUGAGAAGCAUUCAGAGAUUGCCAGAAAAGUGGAGAAGACAGUCACGAUUGAAGAAAAGCCCAUCGCCCACGUGCGGCCUGAAGAGGACAAGGUGGCGGAAAAGAUAGCCGAAGUAGUCGAAAAAUUCCACAAGAUCGAAGAGAAAAUAGCUACCGCUGACACACGCAAGCUCACCCACGAUUUCCUCAGCAUGGAGCAGCAAAGCCAACUGCCGAGCAUGCCAAAAGCCUCCGAGCCACCUCUCGAAUCCAGCCUGACAUCGACAUCAACAUCGGAGCCAGAGUCGGUGAUCUCAGUAAAACCAUCGCCGCCUGCGAGUAAGAUACCUGUGGUGGAGCCCAGGAAGACACUGAUCGAGGAAGCUGUAAGGCUCACGGAGCCACCCGUAAAGACUCUGAUCGAGGAAGCUGUAAAACCCACUGUGGAGCAGCCUAAGGAGGUUCUGCAUGAGCGCCAGCUAACCGCCGAUUUCCUGAGCAUGGAGCAGCAGACACAGCUACAGUCCCUACCGGCAAAAGCCCUGGUUGAGGAAGUUGUCAAGACCGCUGAGCAGCUGGUAGAGCAGCAAAAGGAUAAGGAGUCGGAGGCAUCGAAAGCCCUGAUCGAGGAGGCAGUGAAACCAAUUGAGAAGCUGACCAAGCAGAAGGAGCCACUGCACGAGCGUCAGUUAACCGCGGACUUCCUGAGCAUGGAACAGCAGACGCAGCUGCAUCCAGUAACCAUUGAAUCAUCAGUAGUGCCAGAAAGUAUCGAUUCGAAGGUGCUGCCAGAAAAGCUGUCUAAAGGCGAUGGCAUUGAGUCGGCGGCACCGAUCGGAGAUGCUUCGCUCUUCCAAACACCCAAGCCGGAGUUCGCUUUCGUUGCCAAGAAGCCGGAAAAUCUGCCGAGUGUGGUCCAGGAAUUUUCUGAGUACGAUACCUUUGACAAACGAGCCACCGUUCCAUUGAGCGAUUCAAUCAGAGAGGAGGGUCUCAGUGCUCCCCUGUCCAUGGAGCCACGAAAAUCCCUGACCGAUGCCGAGUUCUGCAAGUCUGUGGGCGAAACGAUUAGCAAGAAGAUGAGCGCAGGAGUCAUUGAGAUAUCUGAUCAGCUCAAGCAAAUCGCGAGCGACAUUCCAGACUCUCAGACUCCGCCGCCCACGCCCAGCGACACGAAGAUCGAUAAGCAGAACGAGGAGCCGGAGUUGAUCAGCUUGGAGCGUGAUUAUCUCGGCGACACUGUGACCACUCUGCACACGACCACAGAGUCGACGUUUCAGCGCGUCUCUGCCAUAACAAAAAUAGAGCACUUCAUUGUUCAUAAUGUAAAAACCGAAACAUUUACAAGAACCGAUGAACCUGAAAAGCUGCUUCCUAGUAUGGCAGCCUCCCCCGAUAUCCACAAAAUGUAUUCACCAGACACUACCUCAUUUCCAGAAAUGAGCACAAGUAGUCAAACACCGAAGAUGACAGCACCCACAACCACAACGACGACGACGACUGUGACAACGCAAAUAGAUCGCACAAAGGUAGAUCUGACUGUGCCUGAGAAGGGACAGCGUCAGCAGAAGGAUCAGGAGAAUCAGGAGAUAAAGGAGAAGCCACAGCCAGAGGAUACAGUGAUAGAAGCAGAUACAGAUAGAUCUUCCAGUGAUAGGGAGUACUUAGAGCAAAUCAUGGCCUGUGGCGACGUUAGACGCAAAAUAGAGCGCUUGGAGAGCACCGCCAGCUCAGAGACAGAGACCGCCGAGUGUCAGCCGAGUGUGGCUCCCAAGUACAUAGGCGACAAUGUACCGGUGGUGAAGGAGGUGGUGCAGAGCAUUGAGGAGAAGAUCUGCGGUACAGUGGUGUCGGCUAUACCCUUCACAGUGCAAAAGAGGCAGCCGCACGAAGAGGACAAGGAACCAGACGUGGCAGAGGUAGAGAAGCAAAUACUUACGCCAUCAGAUUUGGCGCUCGAGCAAUUGAUUAAGUGGGAGCUGCCACCAGAGGUAGUGAAGCUGUCCCCCAUCGAGGCCAUGGCUUCUGGCCUGCAGGAGAUUCAGGAAGAAGUUUGCGAGAAGGUUUGCAAGAAGAGGAAGGCCUUUGAGGUGGCCGAAGACUUAAGUGAAACGGAAAAGACUUUACCAGAACAGGAACUAGGCUUAGAUAAAAAAGUAGAACAGGUACCUGGAAAGAUUUUAACCGAGGCCAUUGAUCAGCACAUAGACUUAGUAGGUAAGGAACCUUUGGAGGCACUGCCAAAGGUAAGGGAAGUAGUACAGGACAUCGAACGCCGAUAUCCCACAGCGGUCUUAGAGGCCAGGCCAUUUAGUCCCCGAAAAAUAGGUGCCAAGGACUGUCAGGCUGAUGUUAUUUCUAUAGAGCAGCAGAUUUUAAGCGACACUGAUAUGGUUCUAGAAGGAUUAGGCUCCAAGCGUAUUCCCGAACAGAAGGUAGUUUCCCCUGUUUUUACCUUGGCCAAGACGAGCCCCAGUAUUGAAAACCUCGAAGAAGUUUGUGAAAAGACAUGCUCAAAGCUCACCAUCUCAGUCAUGGCAAAGGAUUUCGUAAAGCAGCCAGAAAUCGAACCCCUGCCAGCAGGGGACGAUGUAAAAUCAACAACAGCCAAGUUUCUCGAGCGGGAGGCUAUCAGGUACGAUGUGGGUGAGAGCAUCAAGGAGUUCGAGGCCAAGAGUGUGGUACGGGAGUGUCUGACUGGGGUGGCAGAGAGUCAAAUUAGAUGGUUAACAGAAUGUGAUAUUGCAGACUUUCCAGUAGAGGUGACUAAGGACACUAGACUUGUAGAAUUCCCCAAAAUUGCACACACCCUUGAACGAUUGCAUUCCAUUUCCAAAAGCGACAUCAAAGACACUAAAGAGUUCAUGCACGCAGUUGGCGACUAUGAGGAUAAGCUGAGCGAAAUAAUUGUCCAUGAUGCUCAGUCACGAACUCAAACGGAUAGUCAGAACUUAGAAAAAGAGACAACCGGUAGGUUUCCUAUACACGAUAAAAUAGUCGAGCUUCAAACCCACCAGAACCUGGUCUUAAAGACCUCGGAAAUGGCCCAAAUGACUGACAAUACAAAGAAUAAGUUCCCAUCUGAUGCGAAACCAGCAUCAGAUACAAUACUAGUAGAAAGCGACAGUGAUGAAGAGCUUGACAAAGAAAAACUCAAAAAACUAAAGCAUUUAUCAACUAUAGAGCCAGAAUCCACUAUAGAGGCAACUAAGAAAUAUAUUUACUCUUCCAAUUACGAAGAAACGGUUACUCAAUCGAAUGACUCCGUUAAGUUUCCUACUGCGAAAGAUUCUUUUGGCGACAAAUAUGGCAUAGAAGAUGGGAGAUCAACUGUCAAAACUGAGGGUAAGCCCCCAGCAAUUCUUGAAUCGAUAGGCAACGCAUACGACAGUAUGAUCUUUCAGUAUGACAUCCCAGUUCUUGAAAAAAUUCCUUCAGCACCUCAAAUGGAAAUACCUGAUCACGCAACACCGCAUGAAAUGGCAUUAAGGUCAAGAACUGUUAUUGAGUUCACGGAACAAAAAAGUUACUGCUCAACUCAAAAAAAUAUUACAAACAUUGUCGCGCAAAAGUCCAACUUGAUAACAAGUUCAAUCACUGCCGAAAAACCUAAACUAACUGACUCGAAGGACGAUAAACCCAUUGACUUGAAAGACGAUAAGGUCCCAACUAAACCCCAUGAUAAGCCCAAGUCCCCUCUUGACUCAGCUAAGUCUAGUCUCAUAGUGUAUUCAGCCGAUGAAAGUGAUGAGGACUAUGUUGUUCCUAAACCCCAAGAAAAGUCACUCCCUUUGGUUGUUCCUUCUGUCGUUGCUGGAGAUAAAUCUCCGCUUAAACCUGAAGAUACAAAAACACCAGUUGACUUGAAAGACGAUAAGCUCCAACUGAAACACCAGGAUAAACCCAAGUCCCCUCUGGAUUCAUUUAAGCCCAGUCAUACGGUGUAUUCAGGCGAAGAAAGCGAUGAGGAAUAUGGUGUUCCUAGAUCCUUAGAAAAGCCCGAUAGUCAGCCAAUUCCAUCGGCUGUUCCUUCUGUAGUUGCUGGAUAUCAAUCUCCUCUUAAAGACAUCAUUAAACAAGAAACGGUGACUGAGUUCAAGGCAGAAGAAUUUGCAAGUUCUACUAAAACAACAAAUGUCACUGUGGUCUCGAAGACUUCCGAUUUGACCACAAGUUCAUUCACUGACGACAAACCUAAACUAACUGACUUGAAGGACGAUGAGCCCAUUGACUUGAAAGACGAUAAGCUCCCAGCUAAACCUGUGGAUAAACCUAAGUCCCAUCUUGAUUCAGUUAAGCCCAGUCCUACGAUGUAUUUAGACGAUAAAAACGAUAAGGAAUAUGUUGUUCCUAGACCCCAAGAAAAGCCACUGCCGUCAGUUGUUCCUUCUGUCGGAGCUGGACAUAAAUCUCCGCUUAAACCUGAAGAGAAACCAGCACCAGUUGACUUGAAAGACGAUAAGAUCCCAGCUAAACCCGAAGACAACCCCAAGUCCCCUCUGGAUUCAGUUAAGCCCAGUCCUCCGAUGCAUUCAGACUAUGAAAGCGAUGAGGAAUAUGGUGUUCCUAGACCCCAAGAAAAGCCCGCUAGUCAGCCAAUUCCAUCAGUUGUUCCAUCUCUCGUUGCUGGAGAUAAAUCUCCGCUUAAAACUGAAGAGAAACCAGCACCAGUUGUCUUGAAAGACGAUAAGAUCCCAGCUAAGCCCGAAGACAAACCAACGUCCCCUCGGGAUUCAGCUAAGCCCAGUCCUACGGUGUAUUCAGACGAAGAAAGCGAUGAGGAAUAUGGUGUGCCUAAACCCCAAGAAAAGCCCGCAAGUCUACCAACUCCAUCGGCUGUUCCUUCUGUAGUUGCUGGAGAUACAUCUCCGCUUAAAGACAUCCUUAAACAAAUAACGUUAACUGAGUUCAAGGCAGAAGAAUUUGCAAGUUUUACCAAAACAAAUAAUGCCACUGUGGUCUCGAAGACUUCUGAUUUGAUCACAAGUUCAUUCACUGACGACAAACCCAAACUAAUUGACUUGAAGGACGAUAAGCCCAUUGACUUGAAAGACGAUAAGGUCCCAGCUAAACACCAGGAUAAACCCAAGUCCCCUCUUGACUCAGUUAAGUCUAGUCUCAAAGUGUACUCAGGCGAUGAAAGUGAUGAGGAAUAUAGUGUUCCUAGACCCCAAAAAAAGCCCGCUAGUCAGCCAAUUCCAUCAGUUGUUCCAUCUCUCGCUGCUGGACAUAAAUCUCCGCUUAAACCUGAAGAUAAACCAGCACCAGCUGUCUUGAAAGACGAUAAGAUCCCAGCUAAGCCCGAAGACAAACCAACGUCCCCUCUGGAUUCAGUUAUGUCCAGUUCUACGGUGUAUUCAGACGAUGAAAGCGAUGAGGAAUAUGGUGUUCCUAGACCCCAAGAAAAGCCCGCUAGUCAGCCAAUUCCAUCAGUUGUUCCAUCUCUCGUUGCUGGAGAUAAAUCUCCGCUUAAAACUGAAGAGAAACCAGCAUCAUCUGACUUGAAAGAAGAUAAGAUCCCAGCUAAAGCCGAAGACAAACCCAAGUCCCCUCUGGAUUCAGUUAAGCCCAGUCCUACGAUGUAUUCAGAUGAUGAAAGCGAUGAAGAAUUUGGUGAACGUAAACUCCAAGAAAAGCCACAACCUUCGUUUGUUUCUUCUGUAGUUUCUGGAGAUAAAUCUCUUCUUAAAGACAUUCUUAAACUAGAAACGGUGACUGAUUUCAAGGCAGAAGAAUUUGCAAGUUCUAUUAAAACAAAUAUUGCCACUGUGGUCUCGAAGACUUCCGACUUGAUUACAAGUGCAUUCACUGACGACAAACCUAAACUAACUGACUUGGAGGACGAUAAGCCCAUUGACUUGAAAGAUGAUAGGGUCCAAGCUAAGCACGAGGAAAAACCCAAGUCCCCUCCUGACUCAAUUAAAUCUAGUCUCAUAGUGUACUCAGACGAUGAAAGUGAUAAAGAAUAUGGUGUUCUUAGACCCCAAGAAAAGCCCGCUAGUCAGCCAAUUCCAUCAGCUGAUCCAUACCUCGUUGCUGGAGAUAAAUCUCCGCUUAAACCUGAAGAGAAACCAACACCAGUUGUCUUGAAAGACGAUAAGAUCCCAGCAAAACCCGAAGACAAACCCAAGUCCCCUCUGGACUCAGUAAAAAGCGAUGAGGAAUAUGGUGUUCCUAGACCCCAAGAAAAGCCCGCUAGUCAGCCAAUUCCAUCAGUUGUUUCAUCCCUCGUUGCUGGAGAUAAAUCUCCGCUUAAACUUGAAGAGAAACCAGCACCAGUUGUCUUGAAAGACGAUAAGAUCCCAGCUCAACCCGAAGACAAACCCAAGUCCCCUCUGGACUCAGUAAAACCCAGUCGUACAGUGUAUUCAGACGAUGAAAGUGAUGAGGACUAUGUUGUUCCUAGACUCCAAGAAAAGGCACUCCCGUCGGUUGUUUCUUCUGUUCUUGCUGGUGAUAAAUCUCCGCUUAAAGACAUCCUUAAACAAGAAGCGGUGACUGAGUUCAAGGCAGAAGAACUUGCAAGUGUUCACAAAACAACUAUUGCAACUGUGGUCUCGAAGACUUCCGAUUUGAUUACUAGUUCAUUCACUGACGACAAACCUAAACUAACUGACUUGGAGGACGAUAAGUCCAUUAACUUGAAAGACGAUAGGUUCCAAGCUAAGCACGAGGAUAAACCCAAGUCCCCUCUUGACUCAGUUAAGUCUAGUCUCAUAGUGUAUUCAGACGAUGCAAGUGAUGAAGAAUAUGGUGUUCCUAGACCCCAAGAAAAGCCCGGUAGUCAGCCAAUUCCAUCAGCUGAUCCAUAUCUCGUUGCUGGAGAUAAAUCUCCGUUUAAACCUGAAGAGAAACCAACACCAGUUGUCGUGAAAGACGAUAAGAUCCCAGCAAAACCCGAAGACAAACCCAAGUCCCCUCUGGACUCAGUAAAAAGCGAUCAGGAAUAUGUUGUUCCUAGACCCCAAGAAAAGCCCGCUAGUCAGCCAAUUCCAUCAGUUGUUCCAUCUCUCGCUGCUGGACAUAAAUCUCCGCUUAAACCUGAAGAUAAACCAGCACCAGCUGUCUUGAAAGACGAUAAGAUCCCAGCUAAGCCCGAAGACAAACCAACGUCCCCUCUGGAUUCAGUUAUGUCCAGUUCUACGGUGUAUUCAGACGAUGAAAGCGAUGAGGAAUAUGGUGUUCCUAGACCCCAAGAAAAGCCCGCUAGUCAGCCAAUUCCAUCAGUUGUUCCAUCUCUCGUUGCUGGAGAUAAAUCUCCGCUUAAAAUUGAAGAGAAACCAGCACCAAUUGUCUUGAAAGACGAUAAGAUCGCAGCAAAACCCGAAGACAAACCCAAGUCCCCUCUGGACUCAGUAAAAAGCGAUGAGGAAUAUGGUAUUCCUAGACCCCAAGAACAGCCCGCUAGUCAGCCAAUUCCAUCAGUUGUUCCAUCUCUCGUUGCUGGAGAUAAAUCUCCGCUUAAAACUGAAGAGAAACCAGCAUCAGCUGACUUGAAAGAAGAUAAGAUCCCAGCUAAAGCCGAAGACAAACCCAAGUCCCCUCUGGACUCAGUAAAACCCAGUCGUACAGUGUAUUCAGACGAUGAAAGUGAUGAGGACUAUGUUGUUCCUAGACUCCAAGAAAAGGCACUCCCGUCGGUUGUUUCUUCUGUUCUUGCUGGUGAUAAAUCUCCGCUUAAAGACAUCCUUAAACUAGAAACGGUGACUGAGUUCAAGGCAGAAGAAUUUGCAAGUUCUACUAAAACAAAUAUUGCCACUGUGGUCUCGAAGACUUCCGAUUUGAUUACUAGUUCAUUCACUGACGACAAACCUAAACUAACUGACUUGGAGGACGAUAAGUCCAUUAACUUGAAAGACGAUAGGGUCCAAGCUAAGCACGAGGAUAAACCCAAGUCCCCUCUUGACUCAGUUAAGUCUAGUCUCAUAGUGUAUUCAGACGAUGCAAGUGAUGAAGAAUAUGGUGUUCCUAGACCCCAAGAAAAGCCCGGUAGUCAGCCCAUUCCAUCAGCUGAUCCAUAUCUCGUUGCUGGAGAUAAAUCUCCGCUUAAACCUGAAGAGAAACCAGCACCAAUUGUCUUGAAAGACGAUAAGAUCCCAGCAAAACCCGAAGACAAACCCAAGUCCCCUCUGGACUCAGUAAAAAGCGAUGAGGAAUAUGGUGUUCCUAGACCCCAAGGAAAGCCCGCUAGUCAGCCAAUUCCAUCAGUUGUUCCAUCUCUCGUUGCUGGAGAUAAAUCUCCGCUUAAAACUGAAGAGAAACCAGCAUCAGGUGACUUGAAAGAAGAUAAGAUCCCAGCUAAAGCCGAAGACAAACCCAAGUCCCCUCUGGAUUCAGUUAAGCUCAGUCCUACGAUUUAUUCAGAUGAUGAAAGCGAUCAAGAAUUUGUUGAACGUAUACCCCAAGAACAGCCACUCCCUUCGUUUGUUUCUUCUGUAGUUUCUGGAGAUAAAUCUCCUCUUAAAGACAUCUUUAAACUAGAAACGGUGACUGAGUUCAAGGCAGAAGAAUUUGCAAGUUCUACUAAAAAAAAUGUUGCCACUGUGGUCUCGAAGACUUCCGAUUUGAUUACAAGUUCAUUCACUGACGAAAAACCUAAACUAACUGACUUGGAGGACGAUAAGCCCAUUGACUUGAAAGACGAUAGGGUCCAAGCUAAACACGAGGAUAAACCCAAGUUCCCUCUUGACUCAGUUAAGUCUAGUCUCAUAGUGUAUUCAGACGAUGCAAGUGAUGAAGAAUAUGGUGUUCCUAGAUCUCAAGAAAAGCCCGCUAGUCAGCCAAUUCCAUCCGUUGUUCCAUCCCUCGUUGCUGGAGAUAAAUCUCCGCUUAAACUUGAAGAGAAACCAGCACCAGUUGUCUUGAAAGACGAUAAGAUCCCAGCUCAACCCGAAGACAAACCCAAGUCCCCUCUGGACUUAGUAAAACCCAGUCGUACAGUGUAUUCAGACGAUGAAAGUGAUGAGGACUAUGUUGUUCCUAGACUCCAAGAAAAGGCACUCCCGUCGGUUGUUUCUUCUGUUCUUGCUGGUGAUAAAUCUCCGCUUAAAGACAUCCUUAAACAAGAAACGGUGACUGAGUUCAAGGCAGAAGAAUUUGCAAGUGUUCACAAAACAACUAUUGCAACUGUGGUCUCGAAGACCUCCGAUUUGAUUACUAGUUCAUUCACUGACGACAAACCUAAACUAACUGACUUGGAGGACGAUAAGUCCAUUAACUUGAAAGACGAUAGGGUCCAAGCUAAGCACGAGGAUAAACCCAAGUCCCCUCUUGACUCAGUUAAGUCUAGUCUCAUAGUGUAUUCAGACGAUGCAAGUGAUGAAGAAUAUGGUGUUCCUAAACCCCAAGAAAAGCCCGGUAGUCAGCCAAUUCCAUCAGCUGAUCCAUAUCUCGUUGCUGGAGAUAAAUCUCCGCUUAAACCUGAAGAGAAACCAGCACCAAUUGUCUUGAAAGACGAUAAGAUCCCAGCAAAACCCGAAGACAAACCCAAGUGCCCUCUGGACUCAGUAAAAAGCGAUGAGGAAUAUGGUGUUCCUAGACCCCAAGAAAAGCCCGCUAGUCAGCCAAUUCCAUCGGUUGUUCCAUCUCUCGUUGCUGGAGAUAAAUCUCCGCUUAAAACUGAAGAGAAACCAGCAUCAGCUGACUUGAAAGAAGAUAAGAUCCCAGCUAAAGCCGAAGACAAACCCAAGUCCCCUCUGGAUUCAGUUAAGCUCAGUCCUACGAUUUAUUCAGAUGAUGAAAGCGAUCAAGAAUUUGUUGAACGUAUACCCCAAGAACAGCCACUCCCUUCGUUUGUUUCUUCUGUAGUUUCUGGAGAUAAAUCUCCUCUUAAAGACAUCUUUAAACUAGAAACGGUGACUGAGUUCAAGGCAGAAGAAUUUGCAAGUUCUACUAAAAAAAAUAUGGCCACUGUGGUCUCGAAGACUUCCGAUUUGAUUACAAGUUCAUUCACUGACGAAAAACCUAAGCUAACUGACUUGGAGGACGAUAAGCCCAUUGACUUGAAAGACGAUAGGGUCCAAGCUAAACACGAGGAUAAACCCAAGUUCCCUCUUGACUCAGUUAAGUCUAGUCUCAUAGUGUAUUCAGACGCUGAAAGUGAUGAAGAAUAUGGUGUUCCUAGAUCUCAAGAAAAGCCCGCUAGUCAGCCAAUUCCAUCCGUUGUUCCAUCCCUCGUUGCUGGAGAUAAAUCUCCGCUUAAACUUGAAGAGAAACCAGCACCAGUUGUCUUGAAAGACGAUAAGAUCCCAGCUCAACCCGAAGACAAACCCAAGUCCCCUCUGGACUCAGUAAAACCCAGUCGUACAGUGUAUUCAGACGAUGAAAGUGAUGAGGACUAUGUUGUUCCUAGACUCCAAGAAAAGGCACUCCCGUCGGUUGUUUCUUCUGUUCUUGCUGGUGAUAAAUCUCCGCUUAAAGACAUCCUUAAACAAGAAACGGUGACUGAGUUCAAGGCAGAAGAAUUUGCAAGUGUUCACAAAACAACUAUUGCAACUGUGGUCUCGAAGACUUCCGAUUUGAUUACUAGUUCAUUCACUGACGACAAACCUAAACUAACUGACUUGGAGGACGAUAAGUCCAUUAACUUGAAAGACGAUAGGGUCCAAGCUAAGCACGAGGAUAAACCCAAGUCCCCUCUUGACUCAGUUAAGUCUAGUCUCAUAGUGUAUUCAGACGAUGCAAGUGAUGAAGAAUAUGGUGUUCCUAAACCCCAAGAAAAGCCCGGUAGUCAGCCAAUUCCAUCAGCUGAUCCAUAUCUCGUUGCUGGAGAUAAAUCUCCGCUUAAACCUGAAGAGAAACCAGCACCAAUUGUCUUGAAGGACGAUAAGAUCCCAGCAAAACCCGAAGACAAACCCAAGUCCCCUCUGGACUCAGUAAAAAGCGAUGAGGAAUAUGGUGUUCCUAGACCCCAAGAAAAGCCCGCUAGUCAGCCAAUUCCAUCGGUUGUUCCAUCUCUCGUUGCUGGAGAUAAAUCUCCGCUUAAAACUGAAGAGAAACCAGCAUCAGCUGACUUGAAAGAAGAUAAGAUCCCAGCUAAAGCCGAAGACAAACCCAAGUCCCCUCUGGAUUCAGUUAAGCUCAGUCCUACGAUUUAUUCAGAUGAUGAAAGCGAUCAAGAAUUUGUUGAACGUAUACCCCAAGAACAGCCACUCCCUUCGUUUGUUUCUUCUGUAGUUUCUGGAGAUAAAUCUCCUCUUAAAGACAUCUUUAAACUAGAAACGGUGACUGAGUUCAAGGCAGAAGAAUUUGCAAGUUCUACUAAAAAAAAUAUGGCCACUGUGGUCUCGAAGACUUCCGAUUUGAUUACAAGUUCAUUCACUGACGAAAAACCUAAGCUAACUGACUUGGAGGACGAUAAGCCCUUUGACUUGAAAGACGACAGGGUCCAAGCUAAACACGAGGAUAAACCCAAGUUCCCUCUUGACUCAGUUAAGUCUAGUCUCAUAGUGUAUUCAGACGCUGAAAGUGACGAAGAAUAUGGUGUUCCUAGAUCUCAAGAAAAGCCCGCUAGUCAGCCAAUUCCAUCAGUUGUUCCAUCCCUCGUUGCUGGAGAUAAAUCUCCGCUUAAACUUGAAGAGAAACCAGCACCAGUUGUCUUGAAAGACGAUAAGAUCCCAGCUCAACCCGAAGACAAACCCAAGUCCCCUCUGGACUCAGUAAAACCCAGUCGUACAGUGUAUUCAGACGAUGAAAGUGAUGAGGACUAUGUUGUUCCUAGACUCCAAGAAAAGGCACUCCCGUCGGUUGUUUCUUCUGUUCUUGCUGGUGAUAAAUCUCCGCUUAAAGACAUCCUUAAACAAGAAGCGGUGACUGAGUUCAAGGCAGAAGAAUUUGCAAGUGUUACCAAAACAACUAUUGCAACUGUGGUCUCGAAGACUUCCGAUUUGAUUACUAGUUCAUUCACUGACGACAAACCUAAACUAACUGACUUGGAGGACGAUAAGUCCAUUAACUUGAAAGACGAUAGGGUCCAAGCUAAGCACGAGGAUAAACCCAAGUCCCCUCUUGACUCAGUUAAGUCUAGUCUCAUAGCGUAUUCACACGAUGCAAGUGAUGAAGAAUAUGGUGUUCCUAGACCCCAACAAAAGCCCGGUAGUCAGCCAAUUCCAUCAGCUGAUCCAUAUCUCGUUGCUGGAGAUAAAUCUCCGCUUAAACCUGAAGAGAAACCAGCAUCAGCUGACUUGAAAGAAGAUAAGAUCCCAGCUAAAGCCGAAGACAAACCCAAGUCCCCUCUGGAUUCAGUUAAGCCCAGUCCUACGAUGUAUUCAGAUGAUGAAAGCGAUCAAGAAUUUGUUGAACGUAUACCCCAAGAACAGCCACUCCCUUCGUUUGUUUCUUCUGUAGUUUCUAGAGAUAAAUCUCCUCUUAAAGACAUCCUUAAACUAGAAACGGUGACUGAGUUCAAGGCAGAAGAAUUUGCAAGUUCUACUAAAACAAAUAUUGCCACUGUGGUCUCGAAGACUUCCCAUUUGAUUACAAGUUCUUUCACUGACGACAAACCUAAACUAACUGACUUGGAGGACGAUAAGCCCAAUGACUUGAAAGAUGAUAGGGUCCAAGCUAAGCUAGAGGAUAAACCCAAGUCCCCUCUUGACUCAAUUAAAUCUAGUCUCAUAGUGUACUCAGACGAUGAAAGUGAUGAAGAAUAUGGUGUUCCUAGACCCCAAGAAAAGCCCGCUAGUCAGCCAAUUCCAUCAGCUGAUCCAUAUCUCGUUGCUGGAGAUAAAUCUCCGCUUAAACCUGAAGAGAAACCAGCACCAAUUGUCUUGAAAGACGAUAAGAUCCCAGCAAAACCCGAAGACAAACCCAAGUCCCCUCUGGACUCAGUAGAAAGCGAUGAGGAAUAUGGUGUUCCUAGACCCCAAGAAAAGCCCGCUAGUCAGCCAAUUCCAUCAGUUGUUCCAUAUCUCGUUGCUGGAGAUAAAUCUCCGCUUAAAACUAAAGAGAAACCAGCAUCAGCUGACUUCAAAGAAGAUAAGAUCUCAGCUAAAGCCGAAGACAAACCCAAGUCCCCUCUGGAUUCAAUUAAGCCCAGUUCUACGAUGUAUUCAGAUGAUGAAAGCGAUGAAGAAUUUGGUGAUCGUAGACCCCAAGAAAAGCCACUACCUUCGUUUGUUUCUUCUGUAGUUUCUGGAGAUAAAUCUCCUCUUAAAGACAUUCUUAAACUAGAAACGGUGACUGAGUUCAAGGCAGAAGAAUUUGCUAGUUCUACUAAAACAAAUAUUGCCACUGUGGUCUCGAAGACUUCCGAUUUGAUUACAAGUUCAUUCACUGACGACAAACCUAAACUAACUGACUUGGAGGACGAUAAGCCCAUUGACUUGAAAGACGAUAGGGUCCAAGCUAAGCACGAGGAUAAACCCAAGUCCCCUCUUGACUCAGUUAAGUCUAGUCUCAUAGUGUAUUCAGACGAUGAAAGUGAAGAGGAAUAUGGUGUUCCUAGACCCCAAGAAAAGCCCGCUAGUCAGCCAAUUCCAUCAGUUGUUCCAUAUCUCGUUGCUGGAGAUAAAUCUCCGCUUAAAACUAAAGAGAAACCAGCAUCAGCUGACUUCAAAGAAGAUAAGAUCUCAGCUAAAGCCGAAGACAAACCCAAGUCCCCUCUGGAUUCAAUUAAGCCCAGUUCUACGAUGUAUUCAGAUGAUGAAAGCGAUGAAGAAUUUGGUGAACGUAUACCCCAAGAACAGCCACUCCCUUCGUUUUUUUCUUCUGUAGUUUCUGGAGAUAAAUCUCCUCUUAAAGACAUUCUUAAACUAGAAACGGUGACUGAUUUCAAGGCAGAAGAAUUUGCAAGUUCUACUAAAACAAAUAUUGCCACUGUGGUCUCGAAGACUUCCGAUUUGAUUACAAGUUCAUUCACUGACGACAAACCUAAACUAACUGACUUGGAAGACAAUAAGCCCAUUGACUUGAAAGACGAUAGGGUCCAAGCUAAGCACGAGGAUAAACCCAAGUCCCCUCUUGACUCAGUUAAGUCUAGUCGCAUAGUGUAUUCAGACGAUGAAAGUGAAGAGGAAUAUGGUGUUCCUAGACCCCAAGAAAAGCCCGCUAGUCAGCCAAUUCCAUCAGCUGAUCCAUAUCUCGUUGCUGGAGAUAAAUCACCGCUUAAACCUGAGGAGAAGCCAGCACCAGUUGUCUUGAAAGACGAUAAGAUCCCAGCAAAACCCGAAGACAAACCCAAGUCCCCUCUGGACUCAGUCAAAGGCGAUGAGGAAUAUGGUGUUCCUAGACCCCAAGAAAAGCCCGCUAGUCAGCCAAUUCCAUCAGUUGUUCCAUAUCUCGUUGCUGGAGAUAAAUCUCCGCUUAAAACUAAAGAGAAACCAGCAUCAGCUGACUUCAAAGAAGAUAAGAUCUCAGCUAAAGCCGAAGACAAACCCAAGUCCCCUCUGGAUUCAAUUAAGCCCAGUUCUACGAUGUAUUCAGAUGAUGAAAGCGAUGAAGAAUUUGGUGAACGUAUACCCCAAGAACAGCCACUCCCUUCGUUUUUUUCUUCUGUAGUUUCUGGAGAUAAAUCUCCUCUUAAAGACAUUCUUAAACUAGAAACGGUGACUGAGUUCAAGGCAGAAGAAUUUGCAAGUUCUACUAAAACAAAUAUUGCCACUGUGGUCUCGAAGACUUCCGAUUUGAUUACAAGUUCAUUCACUGACGACAAACCUAAACUAACUGACUUGGAGGACGAUAAGCCCAUUGACUUGAAAGACGAUAGGGUCCAAGCUAAGCACGAGGAUAAACCCAAGUCCCCUCUUGACUCAGUUAAGUCUAGUCUCAUAGUGUAUUCAGACGAUGAAAGUGAAGAGGAAUAUGGUGUUCCUAGACCCCAAGAAAAGCCCGCUAGUCAGCCAAUUCCAUCAGUUGUUCCAUCUCUCGUUGCUGGAGAUAAAUCUCCGCUUAAAACUGAAGAGAAACCAGCAUCAGCUGACUUGAAAGAAGAUAAGAUCCCAGCUAAAGCCGAAGACAAACCCAAGUCCCCUCUGGGUUCAGUUAAGCCCAGUUAUACGAUGUAUUCAGAUGAUGAAAGCGAUGAAGAAUUUGGUGAACGUAUACUCCAAGAACAGCCACUCCCUUCGUUUGUUUCUUCUGUAGUUUCUGGAGAUAAAUCUCCUCUUAAAGACAUUCUUAAACUAGAAACGGUGACUGAUUUCCAGCCAGAAGAAUUUGCAAGUUCUACUAAAACAAAUAUUGCCACUGUGGUCUCGAAGACUUCCGAUUUGAUUACAAGUUCAUUCACUGACGACAAACUUAAACUAACUGACUUGGAGGACGAUAAGCCCAUUGACUUGAAAGACGAUAGGGUCCAAGCUAAGCACGAGGAUAAACCCAAGUCCCCUCUUGACUCAGUUAAGUCUAGUCUCAUAGUGUAUUCAGACGAUGAAAGUGAAGAGGAAUAUGGUGUUCCUAGACCCCAAGAAAAGCCCGCUAGUCAGCCAAUUCCAUCAGCUGAUCCAUAUCUCGUUGCUGGAGAUAAAUCUUCGCUUAAACCUAAGGAGAAGCCAGCACCAGUUGUCUUGAAAGACGAUAAGAUCCCAGCAAAACCCGAAGACAAACCCAAGUCCCCUCUGGACUCAGUAAAAAGCGAUGAGGAAUAUGGCGUUCCUAGACCCCAAGAAAAGCCCGAUAGUCAGCCAAUUCCAUCAGUUGUUCCAUCUCUCGUUGCUGGAGAUAAAUCUCCGCUUAAAACUGAAGAGAAACCAGCAUCAGCUGACUUGAAAAAAGAUAAGAUCCCAGCUAAAGCCGAAGACAAACCCAAGUGCCCUCUGGAUUCAGUUAAGCCCAGUUCUACGAUGUAUUCAGAUGAUGAAAGUGAUGAAGAAUUUGGUGAACGUAUACCCCAAGAACAGCCACUCCCUUCGUAUGUUUCUUCUGUAGUUUCUGGAGAUAAAUCUCCUCUUAAAGACAUUCUUAAUUUAGAAACGGUGACUGAUUUCAAGGCAGAAGAAUUCGCAAGUUCUACUAAAACAAAUAUUGCCACUGUGGUCUCGAAGACUUCCGAUUUGAUUACAAGUUCAUUCACUGACGACAAACCUAAACUAACUGACUUGGAGGACGAUAAGUCCAUUGAGUUGAAAGACGAUAGGGUCCAAGCUAAGCACGAGGAUAAACCCAAGUCCCCUCUUGACUCAGUUAAGUCUAGUCUCAUAGUGUAUUCAGACGAUGAAAGUGAAGAGGAAUAUGGUGUUCCUAGACCCCAAGAAAAGCCCGCUAGUCAGCCAAUUCCAUCAGCUGAUCCAUAUCUCGUUGCUGGAGAUAAAUCUCCGCUUAAACCUGAGGAGAAGCCAGCAGCAGUUGUCUUGAAAGACGAUAAGAUCCCAGCAAAACCCGAAGACAAACCCAAGUCCCCUCUGGACUCAGUAAAAAGCGAUGAGGAAUAUGGCGUUCCUAGACCCCAAGAAAAGCCCGCUAGUCAGCCAAUUCCAUCAGUUCUUCCAUAUCUCGUUGCUGGAGAUAAAUCUCCGCUUAAAACUAAAGAGAAACCAGCAUCAGCUGAGUUCAAAGAAGAUAAGAUCCCAGCUAAAGCCGAAGACAAACCCAAGUCCCCUCUGGAUUCAAUUAAGCCCAGUUCUACGAUGUAUUCAGAUGAUGAAAGCGAUGAAGAAUUUGGUGAACGUAUACCCCAAGGACAGCCACUCCCUUCGUUUGUUUCUUCUGUAGUUUCUGGAGAUAAAUCUCCUCUUAAAGACAUUCUUAAACUAGAAACGGUGACUGAUUUCAAGGCAGAAGAAUUUGCAAGUUCUACUAAAACAAAUAUUGCCACUGUGGUCUCGAAGACUUCCGAUUUGAUUACAAGUUCAUUCACUGACGACAAACCUAAACUAACUGACUUGGAGGACGAUAAGCCCAUUGACUUGAAAGACGAUAGGGUCCAAGUUAAGCACGAGGAUAAACCCAAGUCCCCUCUUGACUCAGUUAAGUCUAGUCUCAUAGUGUAUUCAGACGAUGAAAGUGAAGAGGAAUAUGGUGUUCCUAGACCCCAAGAAAAGCCCGCUAGUCAGCCAAUUCCAUCAGCUGAUCCAUAUCUCGUUGCUGGAGAUAAAUCUCCGCUUAAACCUGAGGAGAAGCCAGCACCAGUUGUCUUGAAAGACGAUAAGAUCCCAGCAAAACCCGAAGACAAACCCAAGUCCCCUCUGGACUCAGUAAAAAGCGAUGAGGAAUAUGGCGUUCCUAGACCCCAAGAAAAGCCCGAUAGUCAGCCAAUUCCAUCAGUUGUUCCAUCUCUCGUUGCUGGAGAUAAAUCUCCGCUUAAAACUGAAGAGAAACCAGCAUCAGCUGACUUGAAAAAAGAUAAGAUCCCAGCUAAAGCCGAAGACAAACCCAAGUCCCCUCUGGAUUCAGUUAAGCCCAGUUCUACGAUGUAUUCAGAUGAUGAAAGUGAUGAAGAAUUUGGUGAACGUAUACCCCAAGAACAGCCACUCCCUUCGUAUGUUUCUUCUGUAGUUUCUGGAGAUAAAUCUCCUCUUAAAGACAUUCUUAAACUAGAAACGGUGACUGAUUUCAAGGCAGAAGAAUUCGCAAGUUCUACUAAAACAAAUAUUGCCACUGUGGUCUCGAAGACUUCCGAUUUGAUUACAAGUUCAUUCACUGACGACAAACCUAAACUAACUGACUUGGAGGACGAUAAGUCCAUUGAGUUGAAAGACGAUAGGGUCCAAGCUAAGCACGAGGAUAAACCCAAGUCCCCUCUUGACUCAGUUAAGUCUAGUCUCAUAGUGUAUUCAGACGAUGAAAGUGAAGAGGAAUAUGGUGUUCCUAGACCCCAAGAAAAGCCCGCUAGUCAGCCAAUUCCAUCAGCUGAUCCAUAUCUCGUUGCUGGAGAUAAAUCUCCGCUUAAACCUGAGGAGAAGCCAGCACCAGUUGUCUUGAAAGACGAUAAGAUCCCAGCAAAACCCGAAGACAAACCCAAGUCCCCUCUGGACUCAGUAAAAAGCGAUGAGGAAUAUGGCGUUCCUAGACCCCAAGAAAAGCCCGCUAGUCAGCCAAUUCCAUCAGUUGUUCCAUAUCUCGUUGCUGGAGAUAAAUCUCCGCUUAAAACUAAAGAGAAACCAGCAUCAGCUGAGUUCAAAGAAGAUAAGAUCCCAGCUAAAGCCGAAGACAAACCCAAGUCCCCUCUGGAUUCAAUUAAGCCCAGUUCUACGAUGUAUUCAGAUGAUGAAAGCGAUGAAGAAUUUGGUGAACGUAUACCCCAAGGACAGCCACUCCCUUCGUUUGUUUCUUCUGUAGUUUCUGGAGAUAAAUCUCCUCUUAAAGACAUUCUUAAACUAGAAACGGUGACUGAUUUCAAGGCAGAAGAAUUUGCAAGUUCUACUAAAACAAAUAUUGCCACUGUGGUCUCGAAGACUUCCGAUUUGAUUACAAGUUCAUUCACUGACGACAAACCUAAACUAACUGACUUGGAGGACGAUAAGCCCAUUGACUUGAAAGACGAUAGGGUCCAAGUUAAGCACGAGGAUAAACCCAAGUCCCCUCUUGACUCAGUUAAGUCUAGUCUCAUAGUGUAUUCAGACGAUGAAAGUGAAGAGGAAUAUGGUGUUCCUAGACCCCAAGAAAAGCCCGCUAGUCAGCCAAUUCCAUCAGCUGAUCCAUAUCUCGUUGCUGGAGAUAAAUCUCCGCUUAAACCUGAGGAGAAGCCAGCACCAGUUGUCUUGAAAGACGAUAAGAUCCCAGCAAAACCCGAAGACAAACCCAAGUCCCCUCUGGACUCAGUAAAAAGCGAUGAGGAAUAUGGCGUUCCUAGACCCCAAGAAAAGCCUGCUAGUCAGCCAAUUCCAUCAGUUGUUCCAUAUCUCGUUGCUGGAGAUAAAUCUCCGCUUAAAACUGAAGAGAAACCAGCAUCAGCUGACUUUAAAGAAGAUAAGAUCCCAGCUAAAGCCGAAGACAAACCCAAGUCCCCCCUGGAUUCAGUUAAGUCCAGUUCUACGAUGUAUUCAGAUGAUGAAAGCGAUGAAGAAUUUGGUGAACGUAUACUCCAAGAACAGCCACUCCCUUCGUUUGUUUCUUCUGUAGUUUCUGGAGAUAAAUCUCCUCUUAAAGACAUUCUUAAACUAGAAACGGUGACUGAUUUCAAGGCAGAAGAAUUUGCAAGUUCUACUAAAACAAAUAUUGCCACUGUGGUCUCGAAGACUUCCGAUUUGAUUACAAGUUCAUUCACUGACGACAAACCUAAACUAACUGACUUGGAGGACGAUAAGCCCAUUGACUUGAAAGACGAUAGGGUCCAAGUUAAGCACGAGGAUAAACCCAAGUCCCCUCUUGACUCAGUUAAGUCUAGUCUCAUAGUGUAUUCAGACGAUGAAAGUGAAGAGGAAUAUGGUGUUCCUAGACCCCAAGAAAAGCCCGCUAGUCAGCCAAUUCCAUCAGCUGAUCCAUAUCUCGUUGCUGGAGAUAAAUCUCCGCUUAAACCUGAGGAGAAGCCAGCACCAGUUGUCUUGAAAGACGAUAAGAUCCCAGCAAAACCCGAAGACAAACCCAAGUCCCCUCUGGACUCAGUAAAAAGCGAUGAGGAAUAUGGCGUUCCUAGACCCCAAGAAAAGCCUGCUAGUCAGCCAAUUCCAUCAGUUGUUCCAUAUCUCGUUGCUGGAGAUAAAUCUCCGCUUAAAACUAAAGAGAAACCAGCAUCAGCUGACUUCAAAGAAGAUAAGAUCCCAGCUAAAGCCGAAGACAAACCCAAGUCCCCUCUGGAUUCAAUUAAGCCCAGUUCUACGAUGUAUUCAGAUGAUGAAAGCGAUGAAGAAUUUGGUGAACGUAUACCCCAAGGACAGCCACUCCCUUCGUUUGUUUCUUCUGUAGUUUCUGGAGAUAAAUCUCCUCUUAAAGACAUUCUUAAACUAGAAACGGUGACUGAUUUCAAGGCAGAAGAAUUUGCAAGUUCUACUAAAACAAAUAUUGCCACUGUGGUCUCGAAGACUUCCGAUUUGAUUACAAGUUCAUUCACUGACGACAAACCUAAACUAACUGACUUGGAGGACGAUAAGCCCAUUGACUUGAAAGACGAUAGGGUCCAAGCUAAGCACGAGGAUAAACCCAAGUCCCCUCUUGACUCAGUUAAGUCUAGUCUCAUAGUGUAUUCAGACGAUGAAAGUGAAGAGGAAUAUGGUGUUCCUAGACCCCAAGAAAAGCCCGCUAGUCAGCCAAUUCCAUCAGCUGAUCCAUAUCUCGUUGCUGGAGAUAAAUCUCCGCUUAAACCUGAGGAGAAUCCAGCACCAGUUGUCUUGAACGACGAUAAGAUCCCAGCAAAACCCGAAGACAAACCCAAGUCCCCUCUGGACUCAGUAAAAAGCGAUGAGGAAUAUGGCGUUCCUAGACCCCAAGAAAAGCCCGCUAGUCAGCCAAUUCCAUCAGUUGUUCCAUCUCUCGUUGCUGGAGAUAAAUCUCCGCUUAAAUCUGAAGAGAAACCAGCAUCAGCUGACUUUAAAGAAGAUAAGAUCCCAGCUAAAGCCGAAGACAAACCCAAGUCCCCCCUGGAUUCAGUUAAGUCCAGUUCUACGAUGUAUUCAGAUGAUGAAAGCGAUGAAGAAUUUGGUGAACGUAUACUCCAAGAACAGCCACUCCCUUCGUUUGUUUCUUCUGUAGUUUCUGGAGAUAAAUCUCCUCUUAAAGACAUCCUUAAACUAGAAACGGUGACUGAGUUCAAGGCAGUAGAAUUUGCAAGUUCUACUAAAACAAAUAUUGCCACUGUGGUCUCGAAGACUUCCGAUUUGAUUACAAGUUCAUUCACUGACGACAAACCUAAACUAACUGACUUGGAGGACGAUAAGCCCAUUGACUUGAAAGACGAUAGGGUCCAAGCUAAGCACGAGGAUAAACCCAAGUCCCCUCUUGACUCAGUUAAGUCUAGUCUCAUAGUGUAUUCAGACGAUGAAAGUGAAGAGGAAUAUGGUGUUCCUAGACCCCAAGAAAAGCCCGCUAGUCAGCCAAUUCCAUCAGCUGAUCCAUAUCUCGUUGCUGGAGAUAAAUCUCCGCUUAAACCUGAGGAGAAGCCAGCACCAGUUGUCUUGAAAGACGAUAAGAUCCCAGCAAAACCAGAAGACAAACCCAAGUCCCCUCUGGACUCAGUAAACAGCGAUGAGGAAUAUGGCGUUCCUAGACCCCAAGAAGAGCCCGAUAGUCUGCCAAUUCCAUCAGUUGUUCCAUCUCUCGUUGCUGGAGAUAAAUCUCCGCUUAAAACUGAAGAGAAACCAGCAUCAGCUGACUUUAAAGAAGAUAAGAUCCCAGCUAAAGCCGAAGACAAACCCAAGUCCCCCCUGGAUUCAGUUAAGCCCAGUUCUACGAUGUAUUCAGAUGAUGAAAGCGAUGAAGAAUUUGGUGAACGUAUACUCCCAGAACAGCCACUCCCUUCGUUUGUUUCUUCUGUAGUUUCUGGAGAUAAAUCUCCUCUUAAAGACAUUCUUAAACUAGAAACGGUGACUAAUUUCAAGGCAGAAGAAUUUGCAAGUUCUACUACAACAAAUAUUGCCACUGUGGUCUCGAAGACUUCCGAUUUGAUUACAAGUUCAUUCACUGACGACAAACCUAAACUAACUGACUUGGAGGACGAUAAGCCCAUUGACUUGAAAGACGAUAGGGUCCAAGCUAAGCACGAGGAUAAACCCAAGUCCCCUCUUGACUCAGUUAAGUCUAGUCUCAUAGUGUAUUCAGACGAUGAAAGUGAAGAGGAAUAUGGUGUUCCUAGACCCCAAGAAAAGCCCGCUAGUCAGCCAAUUCCAUCAGCUGAUCCAUAUCUCGUUGCUGGAGAUAAAUCUCCGCUUAAACCUGAGGAGAAGCCAGCACCAAUUGUCUUGAAAGACGAUAAGAUCCCAGCAAAACCCGAAGACAAACCCAAGUCCCCUCUGGACUCAGUAAGAAGCGAUGAGGAAUAUGGCGUUCCUAGACCAAAAGAAAAGCCCGCUAGUCAGCCAAUUCCAUUAGCUGAUUCAUAUCUCGUUGCUGGAGAUAAAUUUCCGCUUAAACCUGAGGAGAAGCCAGCACCAGUUGUCUUGAAAGACGAUAAGAUCCCAGCCAAACCCGAAAACAAACCCAAGUCCCCUCUGGACUCAGUAAAAAGCGAUGAGGAAAAUGGUGUUCCUAGACCCCAAGAAAAGCCCGAUAGUCAGCCAAUUCCAUCAGUUGUUCCAUCUCUCGUUGCUGGAGCUAAAUCUCCGCUUAAAACUAAAGAGAAACCAGCACCAGUUGUCUUGAAAGACGAUGCUAUCCCAGCAAAACCCGAAGACAAACCCAAGUCCCCUCUGGAUUCAGUUAAGCCCAGUUCUACGAUGUAUUCAGAUGAUGAAAGCGAUGAAGAAUUUGGUGAACGUAUACUCCAAGAACAGCUACUCCCUUCGUUUGUUUCUUCUGUAGUUUCUGGAGAUAAAUCUCCUCUUAAAGACAUCCUUAAACUAGAAACGGUGACUGAGUUCAAGGCAGAAGAAUUUGCAAGUUCUACUAAAACAAAUAUUGCCACUGUGGUCUCGAAGACUUCCGAUUUGAUUACAAGUUCAUUCACUGACGACAAACCUAAACUAACUGACUUGGAGGACGAUAAGCCCAUUGACUUGAAAGACGAUAGGGUCCAAGCUAAGCACGAGGAUAAACCCAAGUCCCCUCUUGACUCAGUUAAGUCUAGUCUCAUAGUGUAUUCAGACGAUGAAAGUGAAGAGGAAUAUGGUGUUCCUAGACCCCAAGAAAAGCCCGCUAGUCAGCCAAUUCCAUCAGCUGAUCCAUAUCUCGUUGCUGGAGAUAAAUCUCCGCUUAAACCUGAGGAGAAGCCAGCACCAGUUGUCUUGAAAGACGAUAAGAUCCCAGCAAAACCCGAAGACAAACCCAAGUCCCCACUGGACUCAGUAAAAAACGAUGAGGAAUAUGGUGUUCCUAGACCCCAAGAAAAGCCCGAUAGUCAGCCAAUUCGAUCAGUUGUUCCAUCUCUCGUUGCUGGAGCUAAAUCUCCGCUUAAAACUAAAGAGAAACCAGCACCAGUUGUCUUGAAAGACGAUGAGAUCCCAGCAAAACCCGAAGACAAACCCAAAUCCCCUCUGGAUUCAGUUAAGCCCAGCCCUACGAUGUAUUCAGAUGAUGAAAGUGAUGAAGAAUUUGGUGAUCGUAGACCCCAAGGAAAGCCACUACCUUCGUUUGUUUCUUCUGUAGUUUCUGGAGAUAAAUCUCCUCUUAAAGACAUUCUUAAUCUAGAAACGGUGACUGAGUUCAAGGCAGAAGAAUUUGCAAGUUCUACUAAAACAAAUAUUGCCACUGUGGUCUCGAAGACUUCCGAUUUGAUUACAAGUUCAUUCACUGACGACAAACCUAAACUAUCUGACUUGGAGGACGAUAAGCCCAUUGACUUGAAAGACGAUAGGGUCCAAGCUAAGCACGAGGAUAAACCCAAGUCCCCUCUUGACUCAGUUAAGUCUAGUCUCAUAGUGUAUUCAGACGAUGAAAGUGAUGAAGAAUAUGGUGUUCCUAGACCCCAAGAAAAGCCCGCUAGUCAGCCAAUUCCAUCAGUUGUUCCAUCUCUCCUGGCUGGAGAUAAAUCUCCGCUUCAAACUGAUGAGAAUUCAGCAUCAGCUGACUUGAAAGAAGAUAAGAUCCCAGCUAAACCCGAAGACAAACCCAAGUCCCCUCUGGAUUCAGCUAAGCCCAGCCCUACGAUGUAUUCAGAUGAUGAAAGUGAUGAAGAAUUUGGUGAUCGUAGACCCCAAGGAAAGCCAAUACCUUCGUUUGUUUCUUCUGUAGUUUCUGGAGAUAAAUCUCCUCAUAAAGACAUUCUUAAUCUAGAAACGGUGACUGAGUUCAAGGCAGAAGAAUUUGCUAGUUCUACUAAAACAAAUAUUGACACUGUGGUCUCGAAGACUUCCGAAUUGAUUACAAGUUCAUUCACUGACGACAAACCUAAACUAACUGACUUGGAGGACGAUAAGCCCAUUGACUUGAAAGACGAUAGGGUCCAAGCUAAGCACGAGGAUAAACCCAAGUCCCCUUUUGACUCAGUUAAGUCUAGUCUCAUAGUGUAUUCAGACGAUGAAAGUGAAGAGGAAUAUGGUGUUCCUAGACCCCAAGAAAAGCCCGCUAGUCAGCCAAUUCCAUCAGCUGAUCCAUAUCUCGUUGCUGGAGAUAAAUCUCCGCUUAAACCUGAGGAGAAGCCAGCACCAGUUGUCUUGAAAGACGAUAAGAUCCCAGCAAAACACGAAGACAAACCCAAGUCCCCUCUGGACUCAGUAAAAAGCGAUGAGGAAUAUGGUGUUCCUAGACCCCAAGAAAAGCCCGAUAGUCAGCCAAUUCCAUCAGUUGUUCCAUCUCUCGUUGCUGGAGCUAAAUCUCCGCUUAAAACUAAAGAGAAACCAGCACCAGUUGUCUUGAAAGACGAUGAGAUCCCAGCAAAACCCGAAGACAAGCCCAAGUCCCCUCUGGAUUCAGUUAAGCCCAGCCCUACGAUGUAUUCAGAUGAUGAAAGUGAUGAAGAAUUUGGUGAUCGUAGACCCCAAGAAAAGCCACUACCUUCGUUUGUUUCUUCUGUAGUUUCUGGAGAUAAAUCUCCUCUUAAAGACAUUAUUAAACUAGACACGGUGACUGAGUUCAAGGCAGAAGAAUUUGCUAGUUCUACUAAAACAAAUAUUGCCACUGUGGUCUCGAAGACUUCCGAUUUGAUUACAAGUUCAUUCACUGACGACAAACCUAAACUAACUGACUUGGAGGACGAUAAGCCCAUUGACUUGAAAGACGAUGGGGUCCAAGCUAAGCACGAGGAUAAACCCAAGUCCCCUCAUGACACAGUUAAGUCUAGUCUCAUAGUGUAUUCAGACGAUGAAAGUGAUGAAGAAUAUGGCGUUCCUAGACCCCAAGAAAAGCCCGCUAGUCAGCCAUUUCCAUCAGUUGUUCCAUCUCUCCUGGCUGGAGAUAAAUCUCCGCUUCAAACUGAUGAGAAUUCAGCAUCAGCUGACUUGAAAGAAGAUAAGAUCCCAGCUAAACCCGAAGACAAACCCAAGUCCCCUCUGGAUUCAGCUAAGCCCAGCCCUAAGAUGUAUUCAGAUGAUGAAAGUGAUGAAGAAUUUGGUGAUCGUAGACCCCAAGAAAAGCCACUACCUUCGUUUGUUUCUUCUGUAGUUUCUGGAGAUAAAUCUCCUCUUAAAGACAUUCUUAAACUAGAAACGGUGACUGAGUUCAAGGCAGAAGAAUUUGCUAGUUCUACUAAAACAAAUAUUGCCACUGUGGUCUCGAAGACUUCCGAUUUGAUUACAAGUUCAUUCACUGACGACAAACCUAAACUAACUGACUUGGAGGACGAUAAGCCCAUUGACUUGAAAGACGAUAGGGUCCAAGCUAAGCACGAGGAUAAACCCAAGUCCCCUCUUGACACAGUUAAGUCAAGUCUCAUAGUGUAUUCAGACGAUGAAAGUGAUGAAGAAUAUGGUGUUCCUAGACCCCAAGAAAAGCCCGCUAGUCAGCCAAUUCCAUCAGUUGUUCCAUCUCUCCUGGCUGGAGAUAAAUCUCCGCUUCAAACUGAUGAGAAUUCAGCAUCAGCUGACUUGAAAGAAGAUAAGAUCCCAGCUAAACCCGAAGACAAACCCAAGUCCACUCUGGAUUCAGUUAAGACCACUUCUACGAUGUAUUCAGAUGAUGAAAGCGAUGAAGAAUUUGAUGAUCGUAGACCGCAAGAAAAACCACUACCUUCAUUUGUUUCUUCUGUAGUUUCUGGAGAUAAAUCUCCUCUUAAAGACAUCAUUAAACUAGAAACGGUGACUGAGUUCAAGGCAGAAGAAUUAGCAAGUUUUACUAAAACAAAUAUUGCCACUGUGGUCUCGAAAACUUCCGAUUUGAUUACGAGUUCAUUCACUGACGAAAAAAUUAAACUAACUGACUUGGAGGACGAUAAGCCCAUUGACUUGAAAGACGAUAGGGUCCAAGCUAAGCACGAGGAUAAACCCAAGUCCCCUUUUGACUCAGUUAAGUCUAGUCUCAUAGUGUAUUCAGACGAUGAAAGUGAUGAAGAAUAUGGUGCUACUAGACCCCAAGAAAAGCCCGCUAGUCAGCCAAUUCCAUCAGCUGAUCCAUAUAUCGUUGCUGGAGAUAAAUCUUCUCUUAAACCUGAAGAGAAACCAGCAUCAGUUGACUUGAAAGAAGAUAAGAUCCCAGCUAAACCCGAAGACAAACCAAAGUCCCCUCUGGAUUCAGUUAAGCCCAGUCCUACGAUGUAUUCAGAUGAUGAAAGCGAUGAAGAAUUUGGUGAUCGUAGACCCCAAGAAAAGCCACUACAUUCGUUUGUUUCUCCUGUAGUUUCUGGAGAUAAGUCUCCUCUUAAAGACAUCGUUCAUCUUAAAACGGUGACUGAGUUCAAGGCAGAAGAAUUUGCAAGUUGUACUAAAACAAAUAUUGACACUGUGGUCUCGAAGACUUCCGAAUUGAUUACAAGUUCAUUCACUGACGACAAACCUAAACUAACUGACUUGGAGGACGAUAAGCCCAUUGACUUGAAAGACGAUAGGGUCCAAGCUAAGCACGAGGAUAAACCCAAGUCCCCUCUUGACUCAGUUAAGUCUACUCUCAUAGUGUAUUCAGACGAUGAAAGUGAUGAGGAAUAUGGUGUUCCUAGACCCCAACAAAUGCCCGCUAGUCAGCCAAUUCCAUCAGUUGUUCCGUAUCUCGUUGCUGGAGAUAAAUCUCCUCUUAAACCUGAAGAGAAACCAGCACCAGUUGUCUUGAAAGAAGAAAAGAUCUCAGCUAAGCCCGAAGACAAACCAACGUCCAAUAUGGAUUCAGUUAAGGCCAGUUCUACGGUGUAUUCAGACGAUGAAAACGAUGAGGAAUAUGGCGUUCCUAGACCGCAAGAAAAGCCACUCCCGUCGGGUGUUCCUUCUCUCGGUGCUGGAGAUAAAUCUCCGCUUAAACCUGAAGAGAAAGCAAAACCAGUUGACUUGAAGAACGAUAAGGUCCCAGCUAAACCUGAGGAUAAACCUAAGUCCCCCCUUGAUUCAGCUAAGCUCAGUCUUACUGUGUAUUCAGACGUUGAAAGCGAUGAGGAAUUUGGUGAUCUUAGACCCCAAGAAAAGCCACUACCUUCGUUUGUUUCUUCUGUAGUUUCUGGAGAUUAUUCUCUUCCUAAAGACAUCCUUAAACUAGAAACGGUGACUAAGUUCAAGGCAGAAGAAUUUGCAAGUUCUACUAAAACAAAUAUUGCCACUGUGGUCUCGAAGACUUCCGAUUUGAUUACAAGUUCAUUCACUGACGACAAACCUAAACUAACUGACUUGAAGGACGAUAAGACCAAUGACUUGAAAGACGAUAGGGUCCCAGCUAAACACGAGGAUAAAUCCAAGUCCCCUCUUGACUCAGUUGUGUCUAGUCUCAUAGUGUAUUCAGACGAUGAAAGUGAUGAGGAAUAUGGUGUUCCUAAACCCAAAGAAAAGCUUGCUAGUCAGCCAAUUCCAUCAGUUGUUCCAUCUCUUGCUGCUGGAGAUAAAUCUGCCCUUAAACCUGAAGUGAAGCCAACACUAGUUGUCUUGAAAGACGAUAAGUUUCCAGCUAAACCCGAAGACAGACCCAAGUCCCCUCUGGAUUUAGUGAAGCCCAGUCCUCCGAUGUAUUCAGACAAUGAAAGUUUUGAGGAAUAUGGUGCACCCAAAACUCAAGAAAAGCUCGCCAGUCAGCCAAUUCCGUCGGCUGUUCCUUCUGUCGUUGCUGGAGAUAAAUCUCUGCAUGCUGAAAAAAAACUAGAUCCAGUUUACUUUAAAGACACAAUCAAAACUCAGUCAUUUUCGGUACCUGUUCGUUCUUUUGAAGGGUCACACGAAUCUCCAUUAAAAGCAGUGGAGACACCAAAACUUUCGAAUGAUGAGACCAUGGUCACGUCGUACUCCGAUGAAAAUAGAUCCGUUCAGCAGAUUGUGGAAGACACUUUGAGAGCAGGCGAUGCUGAGGUACUAAAAAUAGUAAACGAAACACUUAAGAGUGUUCAGGUCCACCGCCACUUGGGCCAUGUGACGGAGCAGUUGGAAUCAGAAGAUGAGCGAUCGGUGGAGCAGAUUGUAGAAGAAACAUUGAAUAGUUCGAAGAUAGAUUCUUUAGGGCCUAGGGAUGAAAAGUUGUGCCCUUGUAACAUUGAGGAGGCCGAACCCAAAGAAGUUCGUCCAAUAGCAUAUUUUGUUAACUUAGAUGAUGAGCAAAAAUCGCCACUGCCCGCCAAGAAACCAGCCGUCAAAACGCAGCAGAAAAGGGUAGCUAGGUCGGAAACGGCAAAAGGGAAAAUAGUGAUAGAUUCCAGUGCAAAAUCAGCAGCAAGGAGUUCUCUGAGUAGGAGGACAGUGGGGGAUAAAGAAAAACCAAAGUCCGAUGAGAAAACUCAGUCUUUAACAUCCUCAACGCAGACCAAACAGAAGAAGCCAAUUAGUAAGCAAACCGUGACGCGGAAGACGUCUAUCUCGGAAAAACCGAAAGCGCCAGCUAAAUCCGAGCCGAGAAGGUCGGUGACGAGUUCCGUUUCGACCACAAGUUCAGCCUCUGCCACAAGCCGUGUGAUUAGUGAGAUACAUUUCGAGCGGUCUGCCAGUCCCGCAUCCAGUUCUAUAUUCUACGAGAGUCACCCGCAAGGCGAAGGCAGUCGCUCAACCACGCCGAGGCCUAGGGUGAAAACAGAUGUCACACGAAUACCCUACAAUACCUCAAUUCGAUCGUUGAGCCCCUCGUCCAAGUCUACGAAGUCAGCUAGAGUAACAGCUGCCUCGUCAGUGAAACAGACAGCCACAAAACAAACCAAGACGACAACCAAUCGAUCUACCAAAGAGCUUACAGGAAGUACUGCUAAGAAGACCGACAGCAGAAUUAGCAGUCAAGAGCACGUGGAGACGAAGCGAAUGAUAACCCCGACCCCCAUUGCCACACACAGAUAUAUGCAGCCCACUUUGUCUCACAAUAUCCGAUAUGGGUUGAGUGGCGAUGCCGAGGGCCAGAGGGUCUCUCCGGCUCCGCCAAAGUCCCCAGCACCGCCGAAAUCGCCGGCCCCGCCUCAGACCAAAAGUACGUACAGAACCCAGACAAGUAUGACAAGUGCCUUGACAAAGUCCACAUAUUUGGAACGAAAACAGAAGAAUUCUAUCGUCGAGAAGGUGCAGCCCCAAGCGCAUUCCCAGAUCAAGAGAGGUUCUCAGAGCGACAGCAAGGAGUCGCUGAAGAACACCGGACGCCUAUACAAGAGACAGACCUCCAAAGAAAACAAGCUAACAAACGUGAUAGGUUCCCAGAGCCAAGCAACCAAAAGCAUGAAGACACAAUCAGCUAAUUCAACCAAGACCAUUGCCCACAGAACUUCCAUAGAAACCGACAACAGGCAUGCGGCGGCCAGCCUUCAGAAGAAGGCCCCCCCAGUCACUAUACAGCGCAACAAAGUUCCGAUUAGCGCGUCUUCCAUGAAAAGGACUGCAGCAGCAAAGCUGCCUAGCAGAAGUGAUGAAACCGUGAAGAAACCUCAGAUAGACGUUAAGAAAACAGUCAGGCGUACGGUAGCCAGCAGCACAGCCGCCACCAGAACGGUGCAGAGCUCCAUUGAGCCGAAGCUGCAGAAGAAGAUGAAGGACAACAUGAACGAAUCAAGCUCGACCAGUGGCAGUACCAGUGCCAGCGGCUCUUCUAACAGCACCCGGCGCAGCGUGCGCUCGGUUACGGUCAGCCGGAAGACCGACAAAGAGAUGGCCAACCUAAAGCUGUCGGAGAAAAAAAGGGAACCGUCGACAUCGUCAUCGACAUCGACUUCGACUGUGCGCGUGCACAGGGAACCGACAGCGACAACCGCCGCUGUUAGCACCGUGCUUGUUGAUGACGACUGUGAGGUGAUAACCAUACGUUCCAUUAAAUCAAGCGAUAGUACAAAAAGUUCUACCUCAUCAUCCUCCGGUAGUGGCAGCAACAGUCGCAAGGUGCUAACCAGCGAGGUUUUCACUAAGACCUUCGGCCCCGACAGGCCCCUAGAGGUGGUCUACCGGCAGCCCGAGUUCGAUGUAGAUCACCACACCACCAUGUCCAUGCGGCCGCCCUCCACAAACGAGCAGCAGCGGUGCAUAAACGAGUUUGAUGUUAGCUUUAUCGAUACCACCGAUUCCAGUCUUUCCGACUCCGUAGCACUGCCUAUGUUCGGCGCUGGUGAACCGGAGCGCCUGCUGGCCGCCAGUCCCGGCUCUCCCAAGCCGACCCGUAGUCCCCUGGCCCUCGUCGAGGAGACGUUGCGCCGCCAGCAGCAGCACCUACACCAUCAGCAGCAGCAUCCGCAGCCCCAUCACCACAGUGCAGUCGUGGCAGGGGCAGGGCCUGGGGCAGGACUAGGCGCCUCUGCCUUAGACCCUUCGCUGCAGCUGCAUGUGGAGAGCGGCAGUAUUGUUGUGGAGACUGAGGUGGAGAAGAGCAGCACAUCCAAAGAAACCCUUCAGGAGAAAUUAAUCGACACAUCCAUUCUGGAUACCGAAACGAGCUCACAGAAAAUCGGUGAUGUUAAAGUUGGUGGUGGUGGAGGUGCAGGUGGAGGUGAUAAUGAUGAUGAUGUUGCAGAUCUUGUGGCACGCAUUCGCGAGGAAGCUACUAUCCUGGUGGAUAGCGUGCUCGAAGAAAGCGUUGAGAUCAUUGAGAGUCACGGCAUUGGCCACCAGCACCAGGCCAAUGGCCACGAGUUCGUUAAGCAGGAAAACAACUCGGAGAGUGACAACUAUGCCAUCACAUGCGACGACAUUGACGGCGUUGAUGUCAUCAAAUCGCCCACAAUCGAGUCCAUGUCGGGCAAGUCAUUCGAUGAUAACAUGAGCUUCACCGACGAGCACAUACAUUUACCCUUGCAUGUCCAAAACAUAACCGCCACGACCACGACCACAGUAACCACUCAAUACCAACAGCAACAAGCGCAGCCUCAGUCGCACUCCCAAGCUGCUGCCACAACUUCAUCAACGGCAAAAGUACCCGAACCAAUGCCAGUUACAGAACCAGAACCAGUACCAGUACCUGUAGUGUCUAGUCAAGAUCGAACCGAAGAUGAAUCGGAGACGCGCACGAGACGCAUCGAGCGAAAGAUCGAGAAGCUAUCCACUGACAUGGACGAUGUGAGUGCGAAGUUCGACGAGGCCUUCGAGUCGGCUGUGCACGAGGACGAGAUCAGUGCCCUGCAGGGCGACUUUUCCAAGCUCAGCUGGGACGACAGCGUGUCGCCCACGACCAACACAAUGGCCGAUAUGGCCCACAACCAGAUAACACCCGACAAUGACAUUCAAGAGCUGACCGCAGAAGCAGGCGGCGAUUUACCAAUCUCAAGUGAAACCACUCCCGUACCACCGUCGGCUGUCGUGGCAGCCACAGUCGCCACAGACAAAGAAACAGCUGAUGAGCCGGCGGUAGAAUCCAGUUUAUUUACUGCCACCAGCCACGACACACCCACACCAAAGCCACGAGUUCUUAAAGCCAGCUCCCCCGUCUCCGAAGGCACCGGCACUGAUAGCACCACCACCACUAUUCCCAGCCAAGUGCAGAAAUCCGACAUACCGAUCGAUAUAAGUUUUGAUGCCGCUGCACCAGUUCCGAAACCCCGUGCCCCCAUCAAGCACACGGAACCGUUUGAGAAUCUGGCCGCCCUGGCCGAACAGUCCGAUAGCAUUAGCCUACGCAGCUUCGAGUUUACGGAGGACCUGUCCAAGACGGACGAGCCCUCCACGGAGCUGUCGAUCCGAUCCCAGCUGCGUGAUGUGGUCACAACCACAACUGCUACCACCACUGCCUCAGAGGAUCACACGGAGAGCUUCGAGCCGACGAGCGAGAUAUCAGUGGAUGAUGCUGACACUGAGAAGUCAGAGGCUGCCGAGAAGACCACCAGCUUUUAUAUAGGCGAAUCAAGUCGCAAUGUCAUCACCAAGACCACAACGAAGUCAGCGGGUGCAACACCUCAGGACGAAGAGGCCGCUACGGAUAUAGGCAUUGACGCCAAGGACAUUUCGCUGAUGAAGGAGGUGUCCGUAGACUCGGACGAGGCCAACGAUAUUUUUAAGGAGUACGUGACGAUGAAGCGUGAUGAUGCUGAGGCCGUGGAUAGCAAGAUAGUCAGACAGGGCUCCGAGACUAGAAACGAUAUUUUGGAGUUUGAGAAUGCCGACAAGGAGAAGGCUGGCGAGCCAAUUCUCACCAAGGUGACAACGGAGGAGAGCCUAACCACGUCCACCGGCUCCAGUGGUCGGGCUAUCAUAGAGGUAGCGCCUUCAAGCAGCGAAGACCCCGAUGAGUCCGGCAAGGAAAUUCCCGAAAUAGUGAAUACAAUAUCCUCCACAGACCGAUUUGAACUGCCGCUGGAGAAGAGUGAAUGGGAGACAUCGGAGAAGGAAAUCCCCAAUGCGGGCAAACCGAAGGUGGUGCACUCGCCACAGCAACCACAAGCUACCGCCGGAAAAGAUAUCGUUGAUGAAUCACCGGCCAGUGAAGCCAUUCGCGAAACACAGGACUCUUCUGAUUUGGCGAAGGGUGAUCUAAAAAGCGACGUAAAAUUGAUGGAAGAAUCCCCAGCCGGUUUCGAAUUCGAUACAAUGACGCACUCCUUUGCCACCGGUGCUGAGAGCGAAGAUAUUUCGUCUUUUAUCGGGAUACCAGACAUGCAAACGUCAACAUUGGACAACACCCAGCCCCCCGAGGGUCUAUUCGAUACAACAAUCAGGGAGACCCUGAACAAGCAGGCAGCAAUGGCGCACUAUGCUCAAGACGUGUUCAGCCGAGUGGAGAGGCGUGAUGAUCAUGGAUCACUGGGAUUCGUGUCCACCGGCACCGCCGAAGAACUAAGCUCGAUGGAGGAGCAUAUGGCGAGAGAGGAGCAAGCCUCUCUUGGGUUUAUAUCUACGGAGACAGCAGAGGACUUCAGCUCCAUGGAGGACUACUACACGGAAAAGUUAACCACUGCCAGCUUGGUUGCGGAGGAGAUUGCUGCCGACAAGUCCAUCACCACCAGCACCUUUGAGGAGAUGACAUCGGACCAGUCUAUCAGGCCGGUCGAUGUGGUGGUUCAUCGGCUGAAGACCGAGUUAUCGCCGGACUCCACCAACCGCUGGUCCAUACCCGACGUAGACAAUUCUAGCUCCAGUGAGAGCUACCAAAAGAGCUUCGACAAAACCCAGAGCCGACCUCUAUCCUCUGACAUGGACAUCCUACUGACCGCCACUGGCACCGGAACCUCCAGCGAAUACCAGACUGCUCGCGAUUCCACCUGUCGCGAGGCAACCGAGUACGUGAGCGCAGUCAGCACUCUGAACAGCAGCAGUGGUCAGACCAUUAGCUCCCACGAGAGCAUGCGCAGCUUCGACUCGCAGUCGGAGACUUCAGCCAAUCUGGCGAGUAUCGAUGUUUCUGAGUUGUCGGAGACAUUGGUGGCCUCCUCAGCCGAGGUAGAUCCCUUUGAGUCGGAGGAAAUGUCUCGCCUGCGUGACCUGCGGGCCGAUGAUGAUGACAGCGAUGAGAGCGUCGAACUGCCAGGGUCCUCGUAUCCGACUAACGAGCAGCAGAGCUUGAUGAAGAGAUCCCAGGAGAUGAUUUUCAAGCCCAAGACAGAGGCGGAUGAACAGCCGGUCGAGGCAAUUCAAAUCGAAGAGUAUCCCAAGCCCAAAGAGGCCGAACGCACCUGGGGCCUAGCCUAUCCAAUGGAGGACAGCAAGGCCGAUAGUCCGCGGGAGAGCGAGAGGGCCGAGGACAUAUUGCUGUAUCACGGCGACCCCAGGCGAUCUAUCGACGAAUCCAAGCUGGCAUCAAGCCUGGACGAAGGCAGCAUUCUCUCGGUCAGCAUUUCCAGUACGUCUAACAUUGACACCGUUGUUGAGAACUUUGAUGACAUUAUCGGAUCGGCAGGCUCGUCGUCACUCACUGGCAUCGAGGGCUUCCAGUAUGGGCACGAUGAACCAAUGCCAUCUGCCUCCGUGCCGGAGGAUGGCACAUUCAUGCUGGAGAUGGAAAGCAAAGAGCAAUCUCCGCAGGACUCGAAUGCCAGUACGCCACCCGGCGGAGAGUCAAAGAGACGCGGCCACAAGCGCAACGAGAGCAUCUCCGGGGAUGCCCUGAAGAACCUGGACAAGGAAGUUGCCUUGCUGGGCGAGGGCAAGGAGUCGGAGAGUGAGUCGGAUACAGAUCCGUACGAGUCAGAGUAUGCGCGCCAAUUCCGCUCGCCCAAGGAGCGCAAGAGCAAGAAAAAGAAGCAGGCAGCUGCUGAGAUGGACCACAGUGCGGAGCUGGAGAAGCGUCCGUUUACCCCGUCCCAGCUGGUGGCAGAGAUAAUAGUGGAGGACGCGACCGAGGAGUUGGAGGCCGAGGCCGCCAUGAUUGAGGAGCGUCGUCCCUCACAGAAUAUGCAGGACUACUCUAAAAUACCCGACAUCAUGGUAACGGAGGAGUUAAAGUCUCCAAUUUUAGAAGAGGAGACCGACGACUUCCCCGAGAAGUCCCUGUACAAAGUUCGCACCGAGGAGGAGCUUCAUAAGGCAAGCGAUACCUCUAUGUACGAGAAGGCCAAGGCCGAAGAGAAGGAGCAGGACUUCCAGAGGCGAGUACAGGAACAGUACAGACAGAAACUGGAGGAGCUAAAGCGUGCCGAAGUCGGUGCGGAGUACGAUGAUCGCAAAGCCCCCGAUUCGCCAGACUCCUUUGAAAUGGUCGAGCAGCCGGACAUAUCGGACGAGUUCGUCAUCAUUGAGGAGGUGGCCAAGGAGGCCAACGAAGUGGAUCUCGGCGGCAAGAGCAUAAAGAUAGCCCCUAUCAAGUACGAGCAGAAACACGACUCUGACGUUGAGAAGAUCAUCAUCAAGUCGGCCCCCGCCGACCCCAAGCUGGGAUCUCAGCUGUACAAGGAUGAUCUCAACUUUGAGUUCGAGGAGAGCCCGCCCACGGGCGCCAGCAGCAGCAGCGAUCAACAGGAGGAGAGCGACUCCAGCGACACGGCGGCAGCCAACAAGCGGUGGGUGGAGAUGCAGUUGACGGACAACCAGCUGCGAUAUCCCUACGACCUCACUGGCGCCGUGUUGGAGGAUAUCAAGGAGGAAGAUGGGGAGUUCGAGGUCGGCAGUAGUCGCAUCAGCAGCUUUAAGGACUCGUUCUCGAGCACACCCGAAUACGAUGUGAUGGCCGCGCGACGGUACCACUCCCGCGGCGAGCACGACGAUGUGUCCAUGAGCAGUCUGCAGGAGUUCGAGUCCCUGGAGCAGGCCAUUUCGUUGGAGAACCGCAACCGAACCCACCAGGGCUCCACGGACUCGAGCAACGGCAGCUUCACACGUCGCUACGUGGUCCGACACAGCGGAAGUGGAACUGCGCCCGGCGACGAUGUGUCUAUAUCCAGUCUAAAGGAGUUCGAGGGCCUGGAGAAUGCCUGCAUUGAAGCCCAUCUCAUUGAGAUCAAGGCCAGGGAAGAGGCUGCACUACUCUCACGAUCCGACGAGUCGAACAAAUCGAAUGGAAGCGACAAAGGAGCCGCUGGCAACGUUGUGGUAACCAAGGUGACCCGCACAGUUACCCGCACCGAAGUGGUGCCCUCCGGCCAAGCGGAAAACAUUGAAGCGCUGCUAAAGCAGAAGCUGGAGCUGGAGGAGGGUGACACUAAGCAGGGAUCCGCGUCGGUGAAGAUGGCCGACCUAACCGGCACUGAGUUUGAGAACAAGUCUAAGAUCGAUAGUCAGGACUCCGAAAAGGACAGCAUCGAUAGUAUGGAGAUCAGCAAGAGUCACGACAUGAUGACCAGCAGCAUUGAAAGCUUCGACAUCUCAAAGGACGCCACCACGCGAUCCGACAUUGAUUCCCUGGAGAUUGAUAAGCGCCACUCGCGCCAGGAGAGCAUCGAGUCGUUCGGUGACGAGCAGCUCGACCUCAUGACCAAGUUUGUCAGCGGCGGAGGAGUCACACUGGGAGAUGGUCUGACGACCACCACCACAACUACCACUACUAGCACCGAUGCUGAUGGGCAUGAGCACACCGUAACGCGGGUGAUAACGACCACAACGACUGUAGGCGGCGGUGUUCAGGAACUGCCUCUGGAUGAGAGCGGCAUGUCGAAGGACGUGUCCAUCGACUCCCUCAAUCUCUGCGUGGAGCUGACGACCAGCUCUGCUGGCACCACGGCGACGUAUCAGACAAGCGCAGGCAACUCGCAAAUGUCUGGAAGCAUCACGAGCUGUGCCUCCAGUACGCUAAUGGAGGACUCGUUCCCUGGUGUGGGUGCCAUGUCGUCGUCGCAAAUGUCUGCUAGUUUCUGGUCGCACGACGAGUCCACGGUGGUCGAGGAUGAGGGCGACCAAGUGAAGAAGCAGCAACAAGGCCAGUAAGGCCAGUGGCGCAGGAUGGGAGAGAGAGAAUACUCGUACAUACCUAGACGUAUAUGAAAAUGGGGCUUGAACAGAGACAUAGAAUAUUUGGCUAGAAGCAGAGCUCAACUAUGAAAGAGAAAAACAAGGCGCACGUCUAGAGGAAACACCGAUGAAUUACUCUCUGGAAGGGCAGCAGUAGCAUCUUCACCAGCUCUGAACAUCACCGAUUUCAAAUCACAGACUUAAGACCGAAAAUCGAAAAGCAGAAUAAAUAAUUAGACAAUUUGACAUUUUCCAUCUAUACACACAUUUUUAAUGAUAUUGAACUGCAUACCCGAGUUUUUAAAUGCAAAUAUAUAUAUUUUAUAUAUUUAUAAAAACUAUAAAAUCGCGAACAUGAAUAUGAAUAUGUCAGGCACUAGCUGUUUAACGCAUUUUCUUAUUGGCUUUAAUACUUAAAAAUUAAAUAAAAGCGAAUGCUUUGUGCUACAGCGUCGUAAUGGAAUACACCUUUGCUUUUAAUUUGAUGUAGUUAUUACGAGUAUCUAUGUAUAUGAACGAAGGAUAUUAUUAAAUGAAUCGCUUAUUAUUGUAGUUUAAUUUAAGCAAUUAUACAAGCGCAUGUGUAAACGGGGACGUAAUCAAAUAGUAGUCAAAGCCUGGAAAGUGAAAUGCUUUUAAAGUCUCAUUUUUUUACAAGAACCAAGCAAAUUUUGACGCUUGCAUAUUUUAACAUUGAAAUAUACCUAAAUAUACAAUUUGAGAAACCAUACAUAGAUCAAAUUUAAAUCACAUGUACGAACAAUAUAUGGAGAUUAUUCACUUGAAGCUACCACUUAAAACAGCCCACGACGUGUAUCGCUAAUUUUCGUAAUGCACAUCUUGCGUGUAUUCGUCAAAAUACCUACUUAUUGAAAGGAUUUAAACGUUUUGGCAUCACCACUGCAAUGGGAUAUAAAUAAAAUAAUAUUUGUGUUAAAAACAUACGAGAAAUAUUAAAAAAAGAACAUUAUUGUAUUGUAAACCACACGCGUACGAAUAACCAAAUAAAAUGCUUAAUAAAAA